AUGGCUGGUCUAAGGGUGGACUUUGGUGUGCUCCUGGAGCCUCUGGGCUUCAUUAAGGUCCUCGAAUGGAUUUUUUCCAUCUUUGCUUUUGCCACAUGUGGAGGCUUUCGAGGUGAAACUACCGUUCUAGUUUCCUGCAAAGGUGUGGUAAACAAAACAGUUACAGCUGCCUUUGCUUACCCAUUUGCGUUGAAUACUGUUGUAUUUAGUGCACCAGACCCAAGACGCUGUGGUGGUACCUGGAUGGAUGUCUAUCUUGUGGGCAACUUCUCCUGUUCUGCGCAGUUCUUUGUUACGCUGGCAGUGCUGGUAUUCCUCUACUGCAUUGCUGCCCUUGUGGUGUAUAUUGGAUACAAGCACGUGUAUCAGCAAAAAAGCAAGUUUCCACUAAUUGACUUGGCUGUCACCUCCAUAACAGCCUUUCUGUGGGUGGUUAGUACUUUUGCUUGGACAAAGGCAGUUUCUGACAUUAGAGUGUCAACAGGGGCCAGCCUUAUUUCGGGAAUUCAGUCUUGCAAAUUACCAACGACGACUUGUCGUUUUGUUUCUGUGACCGGCAUGGGAACUCUGAAUGUGUCUGCGCUGUCUGGCUUGCUUAAUAUGGUUUUAUGGGGAGGAAAUAUUUGGUUCGUAUACAAGGACACCGACCUGUACAUCCGAUCAAAGAGAAUUUCUCCAGGAACAUAUUUGGCUCAAACAGACAUAUAA